CCAGGACGGCCAUCCUGCAAAUUGUGUAGAAGCCUUUGGAAAGCCUACUUGCCGUGAAAGGCUGAUUAAGGCCACCCAGUCGCUAUGAAAAAUGGCUCAGCUCUAUUACAAAAAAGUAAACUACUCCCCCUAUAGAGACCGGAUCCCACUGCAAAUUGUCCGGGCAGAAGUGGAGCUGUCCUCGGAGGAGAAGGCCUACCUCAGUGCUGUGGAGAAGGGGGACUAUGCCAGCGUGAAGCAUUCCUUGGAGGAGGCGGAGAUCUACUACAACAUCAACAUCAACUGUAUGGACCCUCUUGGUCGCAGUGCCCUUCUAAUAGCCAUAGAGAACGAAAACUUAGAGAUUAUGGAGUUGUUACUGAGCCACAAUAUCUACGUGGGUGAUGCACUCCUGUAUGCAGUACGGAAAGAAGUUGUAGGGGCUGUGGAACUGCUUCUGAAUUACAAGAAGCGAAGUGGGGAGAAGCAGGUUCCCACGUUAAUGAUGGAUACCCAGUUUUCGGAGUUCACCCCCGAUAUCACCCCUAUCAUGUUGGCUGCUCAUACCAACAACUACGAGAUCAUAAAGCUGCUUGUCCAAAGACGGGUCACCAUCCCACGGCCACACCAGAUCCGAUGCAACUGCGUGGAAUGCGUCUCCAGUUCGGAAGUGGACAGCUUGAGGCACUCCAGGUCAAGGCUGAAUAUUUAUAAAGCUUUGGCCAGUCCUUCCCUCAUCGCCUUAUCUAGCGAGGACCCGAUCUUGACAGCCUUUCGGCUGGGUUGGGAGCUGAAGGAACUUAGCAAGGUGGAGAAUGAGUUCAAGGCGGAAUACGAGGAGCUUUCUCAGCAGUGCAAACGGUUUGCAAAAGACCUCCUGGACCAGGCUCGCAGCUCCCGAGAACUGGAAAUCAUCUUGAACCACAGGGAUGAUCAGAGUGAGGAGUUAGAUCCCCAGAAGUGCCAUGAUUUGGCCAAGCUAAAGGUAGCAAUAAAGUACCAUCAGAAAGAG